AUGAAUUCAUUAGAGUUAUUUUUCAGCACAUUAUAUCAAUAUGAAAUUGUUAAGAUGGAAAAUGAAAGGAAUGGCAAUUUACAAGUCGUCGAGUCUCCAUCACUCGACAUGAGCUUCGAUUUUGCGGAUGCUCCUCCGGCCGUAAAUACGCAAAAAGAAAAUGAGGAUAGAAAAAAAAUCAAAAAUAGGGAACCUCGUGUAAAAUUAUCAAUUCGCAAAGUUAACUAUCCAAAACAAGUUAAAAAUAAAGAAAGCGAAAUAAAACCAAAGAAAUCGGAAAGUUCUAAAAAAAAAAAGAAUAAUUUAUGUAUAAAUAUGGUAGGUUAUGACCAAAAGCCAGUUUGUUCAACUCGUUCUCUUCAUAACAAGAGAAGAAAAAUGGAAUAA